GGGGCCUGUGACCGGGAGCCAUCCCCGGACCCGGGCAUCAUGAGCCAAGGCCCCCCGGCAGGGGAGAGCAGCGAGCCCGAAGCAAAGGUCCUCCACACUAAGCGGCUUUACCGGGCUGUGGUGGAGGCUGUGCAUCGACUUGACCUUAUCCUUUGCAACAAAACUGCUUAUCAAGAAGUGUUCAAACCAGAGAAUAUUAGCCUAAGGAACAAGUUGCGUGAGCUCUGCGUCAAGCUUAUGUUCCUGCACCCAGUGGACUAUGGCAGGAAGGCUGAGGAGCUGCUAUGGAGAAAGGUGUACUAUGAAGUUAUCCAACUGAUUAAGACCAACAAAAAGCACAUUCAUAGCCGGAGUACCUUGGAAUGUGCCUACAGGACACACCUGGUUGCUGGUAUUGGCUUCUAUCAGCAUCUCCUCCUCUAUAUCCAGUCCCACUACCAGCUUGAACUGCAAUGCUGCAUCGACUGGACCCAUGUCACCGACCCCCUCAUAGGAUGCAAGAAGCCAGUGUCUGCCACAGGGAAGGAGAUGGAUUGGGCACAGAUGGCAUGCCACCGAUGUCUAGUGUACCUGGGGGAUUUGUCACGAUAUCAGAAUGAAUUAGCUGGCGUCGAUACUGAGCUAUUAGCUGAGAGAUUUUACUAUCAAGCUCUGUCAGUCGCUCCCCAGAUUGGAAUGCCCUUCAACCAGCUGGGUACCCUUGCAGGCAGCAAGUACUAUAAUGUGGAAGCCAUGUAUUGCUACCUGCGCUGCAUUCAGUCAGAAGUGUCUUUUGAGGGAGCUUAUGGGAACCUUAAGCGGCUCUAUGACAAAGCAGCCAAAAUGUAUCACCAGCUGAAGAAGUGUGAGACUCGGAAACUCUCUCCCAGCAAGAAACGAUGUAAAGACAUUAAGAGGUUGCUGGUGAAUUUCAUGUAUCUACAAAGUCUCCUGCAGCCCAAGAGCAGCUCAGUGGACUCAGAGCUGACGUCACUUUGCCAGUCAGUCCUGGAGGACUUUAACCUCUGUCUCUUCUACCUGCCCUCCUCACCCAACCUCAGCCUGGCCAGUGAGGAGGAGGAGGAGUACGAGAAUGGUUACGCUUUUCUCCCGGACCUGCUCAUCUUUCAAAUGGUCAUCAUCUGCCUUAUGGGCGUGCACAGCUUGAAGAGAGCAGGAUCCAAGCAGUACAGCGCAGCCAUUGCCUUCACCCUGGCCCUGUUCUCCCAUCUUGUCAAUCACGUUAACAUACGGCUGCAGGCAGAGCUGGAAGAGGGUGAAAAUCCUGUGCCAGCGUUCCAGAGUGAUGGUACAGAUGAGCCAGACUCCAAGGAACCAUUGGAGAAAGAGGAGGAGCCAGAUCCUGAGCCACCUCCUGCAGCACCCCAAGUGGACGAGGUCAGAAAGAGCCGGAAGACCUCCCGUCUUUCUUGCCUCCGCCGCCGCCGCCACCCACCCAAAGCUGGUGAUGACAGUGACCUGAGUGAAGGCUUUGAAUCUGACUCAAGUCAUGAUUCAGCCCAGGCCAGUGAGGGCUCAGACAGUGGCUCGGAUAAGAGUCUUGAAGGUGGAGGAACAGCAUUUGAUGCUGAGACAGACUCAGAAAUGAACAGCCAGGAGUCCCGAUCAGACCUGGAAGAUAUAGAGGAUGAGGAGGGAGCACGUUCCCCAACCUUGGAGCCUCCCCGGGCCAGGUCAGAGGCUCCUGAGACCCUCAAUGGCCCCUUGGGUCCCAGUGAAGCCAGCAUUGCCAGCAAUCUACAAGCCAUGUCCACCCAGAUGUUCCAAACCAAGCGCUGCUUCCGACUGGCCCCCACCUUCAGCAACCUGCUCCUUCAGCCCCCCACCGAACCUCACACCUUGGUCGGCUGCAGGCCCUGUGUUAAUGGGGAUGUGGAUAAGCCCUCAGAUCCAGUGCUGAUGGCUGAAGGUCUGCUCUCUGCUGUGAAAGUCUUCCUGGACUGGCUGCGAACCAACCCUGACCUCAUCAUCGUGUGUGCGCAGAGUUCCCAAAGUUUGUGGAACCGCCUGUCUGUGUUGCUGAAUCUGUUGCCAGCUGCUGGUGAACUCCAGGAGUCUGGCCUGGAUCUGUGUCCUGAGGUCCAGGAUCUUCUUGAAGGCUGUGAGCUUCCUGACCUGCCCUCUUCCUUGCUGCUCCCAGAGGACACUGCUCUCCGCAACCUGCCUCCUCUCCGAGCUGCCCACAGACGCUUUAACUUUGACACGGAUCGGCCCAUGCUUAGUGCCCUAGAGGAGACAGUGGUGCGCAUCUGCUGCAUUCGAAGUUUCGGCCACUUUGUUGCCCGCCUGCAAGGCAGCAUCCUACAAUUCAACCCUGAGGUCGGCAUCUUCGUCAGCAUCGCCCAGUCUGAGCAGGAGAGCUUGCUGCAACAGGCCCAGGCCCAGUUCCGCAUGGCACAGGAGGAAGCUCGACGCAACAGGCUCAUGAGAGACAUGGCCCAGCUCCGGCUCCAGCUCGAGGUCUCCCAGCUGGAGGGCAGCCUGCAGCAGCCCAAGGCCCAGUCAGCCAUGUCUCCCUACCUUGUCCCCGACACCCAGGCUCUCUGCCACCACCUCCCUAUCAUCCGACAACUGGCCACCAGUGGCCGCUUUAUUGUCAUCAUCCCAAGGACUGUGAUUGAUGGAUUGGAUCUGCUGAAGAAAGAACACCCCGGGGCCCGGGAUGGGAUCCGCUACUUGGAGGCAGAAUUUAAGAAAGGAAACAGAUACAUUCGCUGCCAGAAAGAGGUGGGAAAGAGCUUUGAACGGCAUAAGCUGAAGAGGCAGGACGCAGAUGCCUGGGCACUCUAUAAGAUCCUGGACAGCUGCAAACAGCUAACUCUGACCCAAGGGGCAGGUGAGGAGGACCCAAGCGGCAUGGUAACCAUUGUCACUGGCCUCCCACUGGACAACCCCAGCACGCUUUCGGGUCCCAUGCAGGCAGCUCUGCAGGCUGCUGCCCAUGCCAGUGUGGACAUCAAGAAUGUUCUGGAUUUCUACAAGCAGUGGAAAGAGAUUGGCUGAAACUGACUCCCAGGCCCUGCAGUGGGGCUGACUCCAGAUCUCUCCUGCCCUCCCUGGCAGCCAGGACCACCACCUGUAGUCACCCACCACAUGCAGAUGCACGCACGCACACAGGAGGGAAGCCCAGCCGCACAUGGGCUGCAGGGAGGGCCCAGGAGCCAGCGGGGAGGGCAGGGUCCCCUGUUGCCAAGCCGAUGUCAGGAAAGCAGGGAAAGUGCUUGGAGCAGGCAAGGCCUGUGGGCCCUAGGCCAGCCUUCCUGCCUCAGCCUCCUGCUGUCCCAAGGGCAGGUGGCAGGCAGGUGGGCGUCUUCAUUAUAUUGGAGUGGUUCCUGGACCUCCGAGGGGAAGGAAGAGCAGAAGGGACCUUCUUCCUCACCCAAGAUCCAGGCUGGUGGGGCCAGAAGUUUGGACAUUAGGCUCUGGGGCUGGGGGAGAGUUAGGAAAUACAAGAUGCCUGGGUGGUUCUCUGAAGACCAUUCCCCUCCUCAAGGACCACCCAGCCUCUGUCAUCAACCUUUGUGGGGGCUGGGCAGCUCUGGAGCCAGGGGCUCUCCUCAGAAGGCCGGAGGCCUGUGCGAGCAGCAGGCCCAGCUUCUGUCCCCUCCCCGGCGCUGCACGGGGGCCCUGCAGCAGCCUCUU